UUAUUUUCCCUCUUUACUUCCUGACCUUCUUCUUCCCUUGGGCGAUGGAAACAAAGACGGAUGCUCUGUGUUUUUUCCGAUUUGUUCCACUUCGAGCUGCGCGUCGCAGCGUGAGGCACAGCGUUUGGCGUCGGGAGAGUCGACUUUGGCUUCGACUCGUAUCGGCUCACCGGAGAAGAUGAACAGUUCAAAACAGCACGUGGGUGAGAAUAGAUCUCACUCGCGGAAAUCCGGCGGUACAUGUGGGCUAUCGCGGCGGCGUCGUAUCUUCUUUGGUCAGCAAUACCAUUGCAACCUAUGGCUAUAAGACCCUUCUCUUUGAUCACCUAUAUAUAUACGAGUAUAACAUAUGAUCUCAUACAUACAUUCCACAAGAAUUUUUAUUCCAACCAAAGGAUGAAGGCACUGCAUUUCAUCUGCAUACUCUUCUGUUUCCAACAUUUAGCUUUCUUCCCCAUAGCUAGUACUGCAAACCAGAUCGAUAACCUUAUAAAGUUGAUCACCAAGUCUAGGAAAUCUGAAAAUCCUCCGGCGAAUGUCGAGAAUCAAUUAGGGAUGAUGGAAGCUGACAAGAUUGAUUUUUUACCAGGACAACCUCAGGGAGUGGACUUUGAUCAGUAUGCAGGUUAUGUGACAGUCAAUCAAACGGCUGGAAGAGCACUUUUCUAUUACUUUGUCGAGUCACCAAAUAACUCUGUUACUAAUCCAUUUGUUCUGUGGCUCAAUGGAGGCCCGGGUUGCUCAUCCUUGGGAUAUGGAGCCAUGGAGGAAUUGGGACCCUUCAGAGUCAACAGCGACGGAAAAACACUCUUCAGAAAUGAGUACUCUUGGAACAAUGUGGCAAACGUGAUUUUCCUAGAGUCCCCUGCUGGAGUGGGAUUUUCAUAUUCGAACACAUCCUCUGACUACAAGACCGUUGGUGACCAGAGGACGGCUGAAGACUCAUAUGUCUUUCUUAUAAAUUGGUUAGAGAAGUUUCCUCAAUACAAAAGUCGGGAUUUUUACAUUACUGGAGAGAGCUACGCUGGACAUUAUGUGCCUCAACUUGCUUACACCAUCCUCUCAAAUAACAAGAUCACAAAUCAAACAGUCAUUAACCUCAAAGGAAUUGCUAUUGGGAAUCCUUAUAUAGAUGAUAGUACAACUGGCAAGGGGAUUUAUGACUAUUACUGGACACAUGCCCUGAUCUCUGAUGAAACCCAUGCUGGUAUAACCAGGCAUUGUGACUUUGUUAGCGGGAAUUUUAGCAGAACGUGCAAACUAUAUCGAAACCAAGCAUUCGUGGAGCAUGGAAAACUUGAUCUUUAUGACAUUUAUGCCCCACUUUGCAAUUCUUCAGCUCCAAAAACUCCUUCUCCUGGCUCUGUCAACAACUUUGAUCCGUGCUCCAAUAUUUAUGUUGCAUCCUACUUGAAUUUACCAGAAGUGCAAAAAGCUCUUCACACCAGAAAUACAACUUGGUCACCUUGCAGCAACAUUGGAUGGACGGAUAGACCAUCAACAAUUCUACCAACAAUCAAGCAGCUGAUAGACAGCGGCCUUAGAUUAUGGGUAUAUAGCGGCGACAAUGACGGACGGAUCCCAGUAACAGCCUCUAGGUACUCAAUCAACACCUUAAAACUUGCAGUGAAGAAUGCGUGGCGAGCAUGGUACUCUAAUAGUGAUCAGGACGUUGGCGGAUAUGUGGUUGAGUAUGAAGGUUUGGUACUAACUACGGUGAGGGGAGCUGGGCAUCAUGUUCCAAGCAACCAACCAGAUAGAUCUCUAACCAUGAUCUCAUCUUUCCUUCGAGGCACACUUCCUCCUUCCUCUUAAAACGACAAUUAACAUAUAAAAAUCUGCAGUGGACAUUUAAUUUGAACCGCUUGGUUGAGAUGGAAGAAGAGGAGAUUGCUGAUAGGGAGGAAGCUUUGAAGAAUUGCAUUGAGGUAGAAGAGGGUGAAGUUUCUGAUGUGGAAGAUGAUGCUUCCCUUUCGCUGGAGUUUUAGGUUCCCUUUUUUCGUUUGCCUUGCGGUUUUGCUUAGGUUUUUUUGUGGUUUGGUGUUUGGCUUUCCAGUUUGUUCGGUUUUUCUAUCUGGUGUUUUGGUUUUUGGUGUUGGCGUUUGCGUUUUGGUGCUUUGGGUUAGUUUGGUGCUUUGGGGUUUUGUUGUCUUGUUAGGCGUUGUUUGUGCUGUCUCUUUGGGGUUUUGGCGCUUCGGUUGGUGUCUUGCCUUCCUUUCGGUCUCGGGUGGCUUCGUGCCGGUGUGCCCUUGAUCCAUUCAAUCUUUUAUAAAAAUUAAUAAAUCUUUUUUGCUGAUCAAAAAAAAAAAAAAAAUGUAGUGGACUUUUUUUUUUUUUGAUAAUCAAUGUAGUGGACUUUUGAGAACCAACAUUUCCCCUAGUGCAAUCAAAAUCAGUUUGCUUGAUGAUCACCACAAUCACCUCUGAAGCAUAUGAAGAGAUGGGAAAUAUGUAUCCGAGGACCAAGACAUGCAUUUAAAUUAAACAUGUACGUACGUCGUUUCUGUUGUUUUGAUUGGCUUUCUGUUACUUUUUUAUUGUUUGAUUAGUUAUGAUCUUGUUGCUUAAAAAAAUAAAACGGAAUGAUUGCUCAAUAUUGAACAAGCCUUGUUCA